AUGACGUUAAUCAAUCAAGGUACAAAAACUCAACAGUUUAAACCGGUUGGCUUAAUCUUAAUUAUCAUAUCUUUUAUUUUUCUACUGUAUCUUGUUUAUAACCUUCAACCCAACAAUUUUCCCCCAUUAAUACAUAGAACUUUGAUUGAACGAACAAAUUUCACAGGAAUUGAAAACACUACGAUUCGUCAUGAAUCCUUGAAUACCUCUCAACAUAAAAUAUCCAUCAAUUCAUCUGACUACGAUCAGCUCCGUGUACUUUGGAACAAACAUCCUCGCAGUGUUAUUGUAACGCUGAUUCGUAGUAAUGACAAAUCGGUGGAUCUUGUUAUCAAUAUGAUUCAUUCCGUUAUGAUUCUUCAUUCAACAAAAGAUCAAUUUCAAUAUCCAUUUCUUAUCUUUCACGAUCAAUUCUUUACUUCAGCAAUGCGUCAACGCAUUGUAACAUGUAUUCAAAAUAAUAAAAGAACCUUCUACGUUUCAUUUAUUCGCAUAAACUUUCUGACGAAUGUUCAAUUACCCGACAAAUUCAUUCGACGGAAAGAUAUUGGAUACCAUCAAAUGUGUAAAUUUUGGUCGUACGAUGUGUAUUUUCAUCCAGCCAUUCGUCAAAUGAAUUAUGAUUAUCUGAUGAGAAUGGAUGGCGAUUCGUAUUUUUUAGAUAAGACCAGAAUUGAUCUUUUUGAGCUUAUGCAACGACAAAAAGUGGAUUAUACUUAUAUAUCACGAUAUAGUGAAGGUAAUGAAGCAUGGUUUGAAAUCGACAAACGUUUUACAAACAUUGGCAAGCCUCGACAAAGUUGUAUUUACAACAACUUUUUUAUCAUUCGAUUACAAUGGUUUUACAAAUCCGAAAGAAUCCAGGCGUUUCUGCAGGAAUUAAUUCGAGAUGAUUUCUUCUUACGGGAAUAUAUUGGUGAUGGAUGUGUUCAUGCAGCUAUGCUCGAUAUUGAUCGAAAUGCACGAACAAAACAACUGAAAUUACUUGAAUAUGGACACAAUAUUCAUCUAUAUAUAAGGAAUGUAAGAGGUCCUUUUUAUAAUGCUAAUCUACAUGAAUUCUAUCAAGAUGUCGCAGAUUCAUGUGAUCAUCUAUUGUCUAUAAAUACAGAAAGAACUGGAAUAAAGAAAGUAAAGAUUUGA